UUUGUGCUGUGACAAGCAACAAUAAGGUCAGCUGUUUAAAGGUUGCUGUCUGUGUUCAUUGACUGAUAAUUACUUCUGUUGAGAUUGUACCCAGCCAGGAGCUAAGGGAGGAAGGUCCCCUAUUUACAGCCAGGCCUUUAUCGAACGGAAUGCAUAGAUAGUGGCACUGUAACACAUUAGCACUGGUAUUAAACACCUUUCUAACUAGCUAGGCAGGGAAAAUAUGAACAUCACAGACCAUGUUGCAUUAUUCUAAAAUCAUGUAUUAUGUAUUAUUAUUAUGUAAAAUAAUUUAAAUCGCAUGUUCAGCACAUUAACAAUGAACAACACUUUAUGUUGGCUAAGACCUUUGGGCUCCGUUAAAAAACAUCUCCUUCACCAUAUUUUAUCCUGGAUGUUACCUCUCUGUAUAGAAUAGAAUACAAUAGAAUAUAACUUUAUUGUUAACCUAAGUGAAAAAUUGUCUUCUGCUCACCAAUAAAUAAUAACAACAUGAUAUAACCACAGUUUACAUGCUUGUUUUGAAUAGUGAAUAGUGCAGCAUGCACCAGGCGGCUACUUGCAAAACUGCAGGAUAACAUCAAGUGGGCCCGGAUGAAAAUUAAGCCAAGCAAAUCUCGAAGCAUCUCCAUAGUCAAGGGUCAGCUUAAAGAUGUGAGGUUUUGCAUUGGAGAUGACCCGAUACCAACGGUGUCUGAGCAACCCGUCAAGAGCCUGGGUAGAUGGUACAACGAAAGCCUCCGGGAUAAAGAUCAAGUGCAGCAAGUAAGGCAGGACAUCGCCGACGGUCUUGAGAACAUCAACAAGACCCUACUGCCUGGGAAGCUCUAGCUUUGGUGCCUACAGUUUGGACUUCUCCCCCGGGUAAUGUGGCCACUCACCAUCUACGAGGUCCCAAUAACAACAGUGGAGAUGAUGGAACGAACCAUUACCUCAUACGUGAAGAAAUGGCUGGGUGUCCCACGAUGUCUGAGUAACAUCGGCCUCUAUGGCAAAGGGGUCCUUGAACUACCUCUUACAAGUCUGACGGAGGAGUACAAGUGCUCUAAAGUAAGACUUCAGAUGACAUUGAAGGACUCCAAAGACCAGACCAUUAGCAAGGCUGCACCUCCCCUACAAACUGGACGGAAAUGGACAUCAUCCAAGGCUGUGCAGCAAGCAACAUCAGCCCUGAGACACCAAGACAUUGUGGGGACUAUCCAGCGUGGAAGAGGAGGCUUUGGCCUGGCAGCAAGCAAACCAACGUUCCAUAAGGCAACAACAUCUGAACGCAGGAAGCUGGUGGUCGAGGAGGUGCGCAGACAGGAGGAGAGUGCAAGAAGUGCAAAGGCUGUCUCUCUUGUUAAACAAGGGCAAUGGACGCGGUGGGAAGGCCUGGAGAGGAGAAAGAUCAACUGGAGUGAGCUUUGGCAAAUGGAGGCAAGCAACAUCAGCUUCAUCAUAAGAGCUGUUUAUGAUGUGCUUCCAUCACCAAAAAACCUACAUCAAUGGUAUGGCGAGGACCCGACCUGCCCCCUCUGCCCAGCUCCAGCGACUCUCAGGCAUAUAAUGACAGGUUGCAAGACCAGCCUCUCACAGGGCCGCUACACCUGGAGGCACAAUCAGGUCCUCAAGAGCCUGGCUGCAGCACUUGAGACCAAGAGGAGUGCAACCAAUUCAUUACCUCCAAAAACAAGCAAUCCUGUCAAAACAACAACAUUCAUUCGGGAGGGACAGAAAAGGCCCAAGCAUCCUCCUACGAAGCCAGAAACUGGACACCUAGCCAUGGCCAGGGACUGGAAGAUGCUUGUCGAUAUUGGCCAGCAACUCAUUUUUCCACCUGAGAUUGGUUCUACCAACCUUAGGCCAGACAUGGUACUCUGGUCUCCUUCACGAAAGGCUGUGUACAUCAUAGAGCUCACAGUCCUGUGGGAAAACUCUGUUGAAGAGGCCUACGAGCGUAAGAAACUGUGUUACACAGAGUUGGCAGCAGAUGCAACUCAGCGUGGCUGGAAGGCAAAAGUCUGGCCAGUUGAAGUGGGAUGCAGAGGAUUCGUGGCUUCUUCCACCAUCAGGUUGCUGAAAGAAAUUGGAAUCCAUGGACAGGCUCUGCGACAGACCGUCAGAGCAGUUUCUCAAGCAGCUGAAAGAGGCAGCCAGUGGAUCUGGAUCAAACGGAAGGACCCUGGCUGGGCUAUAACUUCAUGAUCCCCCAUCCCCACCUGAGAACUUAAUUCAGAUCCCUCCAACUUGAGGAGGGAAUAUGAGGUAUGCGGUCAGCUGUAGGGCUGGCUCAGGGAAGAGGACGCCCCUGCCUUGCAUAGUCCCGUGGGAAAUCUUAAUUGGGCAUGGGACACAAGCUAAGGCUUGAUCACCCUUUAGCUGGCCACCUUUGAUGAGAGUGUUUAGUGAUUUAAGGCCGAAACACCCACUGAUUCGAAGGCACACUACUGAGGAUGUGUCCCAAAAUUGACAUCUUAACCCAAUCUAAGAAAUACACCUCCCAUGCCACUCUGUCAACAUCACGGCAAAUCAUGUGAGAGCAUACCAUCUAUUGGCACAAUGGACAGUUUUAACAUCUCGUCCCAUGUUUUAUGAUUCUUCCUGAAACACUUAUCACAGCAAUUCAAUUACAUUUUCAUUUUGCUACUGGAUUAAGAUAAGGACAUAGUGAGAUUCUAUGUGCCAGGGGUGUCCUGAUUAAAAUAAUUUGCUUGUAUCCUACUGCACAGCCAUAAUAAUGAAUCACUGUUGGACCUGUUGGUGCAUUGACACAGUAUGACCAAUUGCAUAAGGCACAAUGGAUAUAUCCCAUUUGUCCCCACCUAAUAGAUAUAGACUACACUCUAUAUGAAUACAUAAGAACUAUGUUUAUACAAGCUAACUGCAGAUACCCUCUAAAAACCAAUGCAAUAAUUCUAGCAUCAUAGAGCACACAGUAAACUAUUUUCAUUAGUUGAUACUUACAAUGUUGGAUAAAUUCAUCUCCCUGAUAUUUUCCCUCUGUGUUAUUAUACUCUCUGUACUAUAUGUCCUGGCAUCACAAAUCUAUUCAAAAUGCAACAAGGUAAAAUGUAAAUUUAAAAGCGUCUGUGAUACUGAGGAGAGACAGAGACUGGUUUGCUGAGCAUGAGGAAUGCAAACUGAGUUUAAGGAUAAUGAAACCCAGAUCAGAUCACAUCAGAGGAGCUGCUUCCACUCAUCCCUCCCUCUGCACUGUGCACUACUUUUUUGGCACACUUUUACUAUCACUGUACAGAAGAUGGACAACUUAACCAUGGGUUGCAAUGGAAAGGACAAGUGUUCAAAGUCUGGAUGCAGCAAAGAAUCAGAGAAUAUUCUAUAUAUUGACCUGUAGUUGUGGUGGAUAUCACUUCAGAAUGGCAGACCAGGACACAAUAUUUAUCUUAAGUUGAGUUGCUGCCUGUAUGUGGGAGGUUUGUAUUAAACAAUACAAUGAUUUGUUCGAAUUCAAAAUAGCGUCUAGAAGAGCAUCUGAAGUAGCAUGUUUCUUGCUCCAGCAGAGGGCGAUCACUGUCAGCUUGACCUACUGCAUGCCCUCUUGACCUGUCACUAGAGUAAACCAGUAAUUAGGAGGAUUAAGUUGAUGUAUUGUGAUUUUGGUUGUCCAGAGUUUUACUUCUGCAUUUGUCUGAGGAAAAAUGAUAUUCCCUUAACCUUUGCCUCCCUAUUAGCAUUUUCUGCAUUACGUUACCUGCCUGCUAGCUUGCUAAAUUGUGGCCUCUAGACAUCAACAGUAACCAUAACAUUUGUGUUUGUUGCUAAGUAGGGGGUUCUCAAGACUUAGUCAAUUGAAUAUCAAGCAUUCUGCGUAUACUAUUUCCUUCAUUGCAACCACAAACUCGAGAGCUACAUUUGGAGGCAGCAAGAGUGUGCAACAAAGAUGUAACGUACAGGUUUACAGUUUACUGCUCUUAAUUAUGGUCCAUCACAGAUGUGCCACACAUCUCCAAAUAUUCAUUGGAGUGCUAUGGAUACGAAUGAUCCACGGGAAAUAAAUGUGGUUGUUUACUGACCCCUGACCUUUAACUAGAGCAUCUAUUUUUAUUGUACAAUUUUUACGUGUACACAUUACAGACAGAUUGUCAUUAAAGUCACUUGAAAAGUCCUUUGUCAGAUGAUGGGCCCCUAUUCCCUCUUCUUCUACCAUCAGGUUGUCUUUUACAUUAUAACCACGCUACUCGUUUCAAGGAAGAUUAGAAAAAAAUACUAAUAAGUUGUUCAUUUGAUCAAACUUUAGUUUUGGUGGAUGUAAUUAAUAAUGCAUCUUGUUGGAGCCACUAGCAGUGAAGGAUUUGCCUUGUUUUGUUUUCACAUUUUCUAAAAGCUGGUCAAACCCCUGAGACUAUACUGUUCACUGUGUUUCUGUGCCAGUGGGUGGAGUGGAUACAGUGAACACCAUCAAGGGUACUGCUGUGUGAUGGAAAUUCAUCUUGAGAUUUGAAAUAAUGAAGUUCUCAGACUGGAGUUUCCAUUGAGUCUUUAUAAUAGUAAGCUCUGCAGAGUUUACACGGGUGCUCAGGAUGGAACAACUGGCUGCGAAGGUGAAAAAGCCAGGACUUAUACCAAGAGGCGUUUCACAAGACAGUAUGAGAAAAAGAAGACAUGCCAGAAUUAAUACAAAGAGGUGUGUCACAGUUCUCUGUGCCCCUCGUCCUCUCUCCUCUCCUUUUUCCCGCAGGUGCUGCUCGUCUCACUAGAUGACCCGGCUCACCAGGCGCACCUGCACUCAUCAACUGCUCCCUAUAUCUGCCCUGGCUGAGCACGGAGUCAUCGCCAGUUCGUCCUUGUCACUACAGUGUUACCCCGUCAUCCUGCUCACCUGAUUCUCCUUCCCGCUGACGAACUCCCAGAGCCAUCGGCUACCCCGUCAUCCUGCUCACCUGCUUCUCCAUUCCUGCUGAAGAACUCCCGGAGCCAUCAGCACUCCCUCGUCCUGCCCUCCUGCCUCUUCCCUGCGCUCAAGAACUCCCGGAUCCAUCAGCACCCCGUCUAUCCACCUUUGUCCCACGUUAAAUAAACAUCAUUGAACGCA